AUGGUUGACGCUAAACAAGUUCGCUUCAUCAUCGGAAUCAUCGGUACGAUCAUCUCGCCAACGUUUUGGAGGAUUUAUAAGAAGAAAUCUGUUGAAGAGUUUCAACCGUGGCCUUACGUUGCAGCGAUGAUGAACUGUAUGCUUUGGGUUUUCUAUGGACUCCCUGUUGUUCACAAGGAUAGUAUCCUUGUCACCACCAUUAAUGGUGUUGGCAUGGUCUUCGAAGCUCUCUACAUAUCUGUCUUCCUCAUCUACUGUGGUGGCAAGAAAAACAUCAGGAGGAAAGUUGGGUUAUAUCUGGUUGCUGAGGUUAUUUCUGUGGCUGCCAUUGUCUUGAUUACCCUGUUUGCUAUUCAAAACUCAUUUGCAAAACAGACUUUCGUUGGUGUGAUCUGUGAUAUCUUCAACAUUGGUAUGUAUGCAGCUCCUUCUCUUGCCAUAAAAAAGGUGAUAAGGACUAGGAGUGUAGAGUACAUGCCAUUUUGGCUCUCUUUCAUUGGUUUCAUUAAUGCUGCGAUUUGGACUGCUUACUCUUUGAUCUACAAGCUCGAUCUCUACGUCCUUAUUAGCAAUGGUCUAGGAACAACUUUGUGUGCGUCUCAGCUAAUUGUCUAUUUGAUGUACCGCAAUGCUACUCCAAAGGAUGACGGUAAAACGAAGCCAUCGGAGAUUGAAAUUCCUGGGACAGUCUGAGUUUGGAUCUCCUCUAUUAUAUACAUUGACAUACACGUUUGUGUGUAUGUAUUGCGGCUUUUAUCUUUUCAACUUUGUUUGGUUCUAGUAGUAUCGUAAUAACAUUACUUCUUUUUUUAAUUGUCUAGUUUCUGGUAUGAUUUUUAUCAAGUAUUGAUGUGUCAACAUUUAUC